CGUUCCUUUAUACCAUCCACGGUUCACGUAUACGCGUUGUCGCGUCGCGUCGCGUUUAAUCCUUUAUAUGCUUCCAAGAGAAUUUUAUUACUCCUUUACAGGUUGAUACGUCUUGAGUGCUCAUAGACGUGAAAAGACCCUGCCCUUUUCAGGACUUUUGUGCCUUUGUUUCCUUUCAUAAACCCUGCCUUUACUAAACAUCCACGACGCUUUCCCAUUACUCGCAAAGGAAAUUUUGUCUCUCUUGUUCCAAAAGAUUAGUCAGGCAGCUCAAGCUCAUUUUACUGUUUGCUUUUCGCCGUCUCUCUCUUUUGCUUUGGUUUUCCAUUGCUGACAUUUUCCCUCUUCCUUGACCUAGAAAUCCUGCUUUCUCUUUUUUUUUUCUUUUUCUGACAAAGGUGAAAAAAGAGACUCCUCAUUCCCCUUUCGUUUAAUACGAGUUUUAGUUGAUUCACUCCUUCUUAGAUUUCUUUGUUUCUUCUGUACUAAGGACCGAAGUAGCUGCUGCCUUCCGGCUAAAGAAUUGUACAACCACUUUUCUCUUCAUUGCAAUUUAAUCGGUGUACUAAUUACCAAUUUUAGUUCAAAUUACUUUAUUUGAUCAUUUGAGAUUAAAUCGUUUUCAAUAACGAAUUAAUUCUCUCGUCUUUGGAUCAGCGUAUUAAACAGGCAUCGUUAGAAUCAGAUAGUUUUGGGUGCAAAACGCAUGUUUUUUAUGUUAGUAAUUGAUUCAUAACGUCCAAUUGCUCUUCUUAAAUCGGUUUUCGAGUGUUGUUUCUUUGUGAAAGUCGUUCAAGUCAUUGAAUUUCCGAAAAUCAUCGCGUACCUUUGACAUACUUUCUUUUUCAUCCUAAGAACUUAAUAGUUUGUUCCUUUAUUUCUAUUUUUAUCUUUAUCUUUCCUAAUUUGUUGUUUACGACUUUUUUGUCUUGGUAUAACGACUUUCUUUCAAACGUGAAGCUUUUUGACUAUUUUCAAGCAUCUUUCUUUUAUUUUCGUUUUUAUUUUUCUUUUCUUUAGAAAAAGAAACUUUAUUUAUAUUUUCUUUGGGUUCGGCGUUUCUUCUCUUUUCAGGUUUGUUUACAUUUCUCGAUUUGUUUAUUUGCGACAUCCUUCUUUGUUUUUUCAUCCUCCAACCACCUCUAGGCUUCUCCACCCUUUUCCCAAUACUUAUUUACUCUUGGAACAUUUGCUUAGUGUUUUCAUUUACUGUUUUUGACGUUCCUUAAUAACGUUAACUCAACCUUUUCUACUUUAUACUGCUUCUUCUUUUAUUCCCCUUAAGCUUAAUCUCAGACAUCUUACAGUGCUUGUUAUUUUCUUUAAUCUAUUCCCCCAUGUCUUUGCUUCCUGGUUCUAAAAACCAUCCUACAAAAUCUGUUUCUCAAUAUCAUGAUGAAAAUGCUCCCGCUUGGGACCAUGACAAAACAAAAACGACUACGAAUAAUGCCCUUGGAACCAAGCCCCAAUCAAAUUUUGAGAUUCGACUUCCACGCCGUAAUGCCCUUGCUGAUGUUUCGAAUUUAAAAAAUCCUUCAGAAUUUGUGGAACCCUCCUCAAAGAAACGCUCCCUUCAAGAGUCUCAGAAGCAAUCUCUUGAAUACCUUCCUUCCACUGAGGAAGAGUUUGAACAUAUUCGAAGCAAGAAGCGCAACAAGUCUUCUGAUAAUGCCGUUUCAACAUUAGAAAAAACGACCCAAAAAAAUGUUUCCAAUUCGAGUGACUUUACGCCUUCCAACCCUUUAAUGGUUGAAGAAUAUGAAUCCGAAAUCUUCUCUUAUAUGGAAAGUUUGGAAACAAAGUGCUUGCCCAGUGCGACUUAUAUGGACAGACAGCAGGAAUUAACAUGGAAAAUGAGGGAAAUUUUAAAUGAAUGGCUUGUGGAAAUUCACACAAACUUUUGUUUAAUGCCCGAAACCCUCUUCUUGGCCGUCAAUAUCGUUGAUCGUUUUCUAUCUUUGCGUGCCUGUUCUUUAACUAAAUUCCAAUUAAUCGGUAUUAGUGCCCUUUUAAUUGCCAGUAAAUACGAAGAAGUUAUGUGCCCUUCUAUUCAAAACUUUGUGUAUAUGACUGAUGGUGCAUUCACUGCUGAAGACGUCUGCACCGCUGAAAGAUAUAUCCUUCGGGUACUUGAUUAUGACCUUGGUUUCCCUAGUCCUUUGAACUUUAUUCGGCGAAUUUCGAAGUUUGAGGAUUACGAUGUUCAAACACGUACGCUUGGCAAGUACUUGACUGAGAUAUAUCUUUUCGAGCAUCGCCUUCUCCAAUAUCGUCCCUCCAUGGUCGCGGCUUCAUCGAUGUAUUUAGCCCGAAGACUUCUUCGUCGCGGUCCGUGGAAUCCUGCACUUGCUAAAGCUUCCGGUGGAUAUGAAGAACAUACACUAAAACCUGUUGCUUACAUCCUUCUUCAAUAUCACAACAAGCCAGUCGAGCACAAAGCAUUCUUCCAGAAGUAUGCUUCCAAAAAGAAUCUUAAAGCAAGUGUUUUCGUACAUCAGCUCGUUCGACAAAGAUUUUCUGUUUCUCAUAAUGCCGAUGAUGAGAUCCAAUCCGACCCAUCCUCUUCUAUCAACAGCGACGGUCAUUAACGCUUAUAUUUUUUUAACAUCUAUAUACCUUAUUACAUUCAAGCUAUCUUACUUUACUCUUCAUUGCUUAUUUUUUUUAUCCCAUUCUAAAUGAUGAUUGAAAACCUCAAAACAUGUUUUAUAGCUUCAAAAAAAGCCAUAUUUGAAGCACCGCUAUAUUUCUUCCUUAAUUCGUUUCAAAGCGAAUUACUUUGCAAUCACCUUUGAUCUUGCGAAUCAUCUCUUCCUUUUCAAAGCUUAUAUUUAUUUCUAUACUUCAUCUUCGAUAUCCAACGCAUUUUUUUUUCAGGUAAUAGGAUACCCCUUAUAUGUUCACCUCAAAAUAUUAUGCUAAUUAUUCAUAUUCAUUUAAAUCAGGUUUAUAAUCAAUUAUUACUAAAACAUAUAUAGAAAUAGACAAUGUAAAUAAAUAUAGGACUUUUAUUUAGGUUACUAAAUUAUAUUUUUCUUAGCAAAACAAAC